AUGAUAUUUGUGACUUUAGAACAUAUAUUAACUAAUAUCUCUUUUUCGAUCAUUUCAAUUGUGAUUACGAUUCAUUUCAUGAACUUAUUAGUCUACGAAAUCGUAGGAUUACGUGAUUCAUCGGAAAAAGGGAUGAUAGCCACCUUUUUCUCUAUAACAGGAUUAUUAGUUUCUCGUUGGAUUUCCUCGGGACAUUUUCCGUUAAGUAAUUUAUACGAGUCAUUAAUCUUCCUUUCAUGCAGUUUCUUUAUUAUUCAUAUAAUUUCCAAGAAAUUGAACCAUAAAAAUGAUUUAAGCACAAUAACUACCCCAAGUACUAUUUUUACUCAAGGUUUCGCUACGUCGGGUCUUUCAACUGAAAUGCAUCAAUCCGCAAUAUUAGUACCUGCUCUACAAUCUCAGUGGUUAAUGAUGCACGUAAGUAUGAUGUUAUUGAGCUAUGCAGCUCUUUUAUGCGGAUCGUUAUUAUCAAUCGCUCUUCUAGUCAUUACAUUUCGAAACAACAUCAAUUUUUUUUGUAAAAGCAAUAAUUUCUUAAUUAGAUCAUUUUUCUUUGGUGAGAUUAAAUACUUGAAUGAAAAAAGAAGAAGCGUUUUUAAAAACACUUCUUUUCUUUCAUUUCGAAAUUAUUACAAAUAUCAAUUGACUCAGCGUUUGGAUUAUUGGAGUUAUCGUAUGAUUAGUUUAGGGUUUACCUUUUUAACCAUAGGCAUUCUUUGUGGAGCAGUAUGGGCUAAUGAAGCAUGGGGAUCUUAUUGGAGUUGGGACCCGAAGGAAACUUGGGCAUUUAUUACUUGGACCAUAUUCGCGAUUUAUUCACAUACUAGAACAAAUCAAAGUUUACAAGGUACGAAUUCGGCACUUAUAGCUUCUAUAGGGUUUUUUAUAAUUUGGAUAUGCUAUUUUGGGGUCAAUCUAUUAGGAAUAGGUUUACAUAGUUAUGGUUCAUUCACAUUAACAUCUAAUUGA